UUCCUCUCGAGGUGGGCACUUCCCCCUCAUCCUUGACACCAGGGAGACAGCCUGGAAGCAAGAAGAGGAAGAGUUCAGGUCCCUCAACAAGCCAGGUAUCCCUGAGGGCCCAGACGUUUUGCCCGUUCCAGAAGAUGUCUUUGAAAUCACAGGCUACCAUCACCUGGUGCCGGACGAAGGCCUGCAGAUAUUCCUUGCCCGUGUAGAACAAGCCCUGAGGACGGACUGCAGCCUGCCCAGGCUGCAGGUGGCCUGUGCCAAGAUGGUCUCCAAGACUGGGCUGCUUCUAAGUCUGCUCAGCAAGAGACAAGAGAGCGAGGGAGCCUUUGAUCUCAUGGGCCAGUGCCCAAUAGAUGAGAACAUCUCCAGACGCACAGCCUUGGAGAAGGUCAAGAAACACAGAGGGGAGAAGAAACAAGAGUCCUUGGAUGACACAAUCACACUGGUGGUGUUGCUGUCUGUCCUCGCUGUCAUUUCUCUCACAGUGAUGUGUGUCCUUAAGCUCUGCUCCCGACCCUGUGCAGUGUUUUGCCAAUGCCUGUGCACUGUGUGGAGAAGUUUCCUUGUAAUUCUGCGGCGGUGGUGGAGGAAGAACAAGUACAAGAAGUUAGAGGAUGUAGAGGACUUUCCUGAGCUCAGCGAGAAUGAUUUGCUGGUGGCUCAGUACAUCAUGGAUGUUCUCGAUAAAGAGGAAGAAGAAUCCCGAAAAGAGAGACAGCAAGGGAACACAGAUGCCUCCCAGAAACAGACAGAAUGCCAAGAACUUCACCUGCAAGAAGGUGAAGAAGUAAAUGGAAGAAGUUUGAGGAUUACUCAGACCCAAGAUGCUCCUGUCCGGACGCUGCCCUGCCUCCAGCACCCCAAAAUCUGGGCCACUGACUCCGUGACCCCUCUCUGCAGAGAGGAUGCUGCAGGCGGCUGCCAUGCUCAGGACACCCUGAGGAGCUUCCCUGGCACCUGGGAAUGGGGGUGGGAUGCCCUGGGACCCUCCAAGCUUCUCCCUGGGGAUCUGGGAACAGGGGGGUGGGAAUAGGGAGGUGGGAUGGGUUAGGACCCCCAUAGUUUGUCCCUGGGGAC